ACCGAAUGCCGGCCUCUACUUCGCUCUACCACACCACCUUCUGCAGCUCAAGAGGGAAAGCUCUGCUGUUCAAUUCCAUCACCUUCAGCUUCCCCACGACACACAUUACGGCUGAGACCCGGCAGUCAUGCAGACUCUGCAACCCACCACCUCAGCUUUGCGUUCCAAAGAGCAUGGCUUGCGCUCGCUCUCCUCAUCCAUAUCUUCCUUGCCCGGCGCGCCGCUCUCCCCAAAUUCGUCCACUGUUCUACUACCGCGUGAUCUUUACAAUGCCUCGGACUCGGCCCAAGCUCUCUACUCUCGAGCAGCGAGAGCUUUCUUGCAGCGCAGCCACGCCAGUGCUCUCUUGACCAGCCAAGCUGCUCUGGACCUGCUCAACGAAGGUACAGAGUCGCCGCGGGAUGCAGAAUUGACACAAGUAUUGGAAAGGCUGUUGAUCUUGCGAUUGACAAUCUUUGCCACGUUGUAUGAGCCGCGCAAUCCUUCUGGCGCUCCCAUCCUCGAGGCAUUAAAACGGCAGUCCUCCCAAGCCUCGCAACAGCUCCAACAUCGACUGGGCUUGCCUGUGGAAGACUUUCUGCUAGAGCUGUGGAAGGAGCCGCUGAAGGCAUACCAUCCUGAUCUGAUCUCGCAUUGGAGCGAGCUCGACUCUUUGGAUCCUUCGCCUAGCACGCUGCGCUCACCCCUCGACCUGCCGGGGGGUUUGGUUGCUGCUGCCAUCAUGAGCGCGCUGCGGGUGGAUGGCGCUCAUACAGAUAGCGAACCGAGCGCGAACUUCAACAGAGUCGUUUCGCGCAAAGAAAUGGCUUCCACAAAUGCGGCUUCGCUCUCGGGUCUGAAAGCAGCCAGAUCGAUCUGCGAAUGGGUUCUGGCUGCCCACUCUGCUCCCCUGCUAGGGCAUGAGCAAAGUGCUAUGAGCGUCAAGGCUCUCCAAGCGAGACAGGAACAAUACGACCGCGUUCUGGAACUGUACACCCUGCAUGUACUCGGAGCCAGAGCGGGAGAAUGGGACUAUGCUGAACAGCUUAUCAGCUUGUCUGGUGGCGGAGAUUCGCAGAGCAAAGAGGCACUGCUGCACCGGCUCUAUGCGGCCAAAGACCACAUAGCUUCUCGCCCGGAGCGCAGACGGAUCGCGUCAGAAGCAGCGACACGAGCAUACGAAGCGGAAAAGGCGCGCCGAGCUUCAGAGUCGAAGGCUGUUGCUGCUACGGGAGCUACUGCUGCCAUUGCCUCUAUGCCUUCAUCCGCUAGUGCGUCCUCCAGCAGAGCUCGUUCGGAGAGAGCUGCCGGCGAAGGCGAAGGCAAAAGGAGGGUGAGGCGCUUGAGUAGCUCAUCUGGGGCCAGCGCGCGCUCUUCUGCUGCCGAGGCGGACGUCGAACGUCCAUCAGAACGGCGACCUCAGCCACAGCGAUCCGCAUCGUCCCAAGACGGUGCGAGCAGGGCUGAGCAGAAAGCCGUGGCGAAGCCAACAUCCUCUUCCGACUUUGCAGCUCGACGAUCUUCUGUGCGAGACUAUCUCGCGCGUGGUCACGAGCGGGAUUCGACGUUGGAUCGCUCCAGAUCUCUGUCGAGCUCGCAGUCCACGAACGCUCGAUCAGGCAUCCUGCAGCUCUUCAACCGCUUUGCACAGAUGCUAAAGACUCAUCCGAUGGCUGCUGUUCGAUGGGUAGGUGUCAUCCUGGUGGCACUGAGCAUACUUCGGAACGCUGCUGCCUAUGCAACUUCGCUCCGAGGCGUCGGAAGGUUGGGCACCGCGAGAAGAAUUGCAGGCAGCACGACCGAACCACAAUCAGGAGGCGGCGGAAAUAGCAGACCUGGACUGGUUCGAUUGGCCGCUGCUAAGCUUUGGGAUACCAUGCGCAUGGGCACACAAGUCACGUAUUUGUAGGCUUCAAACAUAUACGAUCACUCAAUGAUCUUGUGAACUUGCAUUCUUCUUGCAUCAAGGCCAUAUCUCCGCUUGUGCACGAUCAACAGGCUGUGCAUACAGAUGCCUCGAUUGAACAACAACGUAAGUUCACAGUAUUUGCGUCUCUCGACUCGUCAAUAAUCCAUUUUGCCACGGUGAGCUGUGACGGCUGCUCUGAUGUCAGCGAGAGCCGUCCGUCCCUGGUUGAAAUAUUAUGUUGGUAG